AUGUACUCUUCAUCCGCGCCAGGUCAAGCGCCAUGGCAAUCUCAUCCAUCUUCUUACGCGUCGCUUAACAACCAGAAUGCUUACAUCCCAGUUCCUGCGCGUCAUACUUUUGGAGCUCAGUCAGGUCCUCCUCCGCAAUCUACCUAUGUCCCUCCACCUAUGCCUGCGCAGCAGUAUAGUCCAGCGCACUUGUCAGCAAACAGUCCACAGAAACAACCGCCACAGCCACCAGCCAAGAAGAAAAUGAACUGGUCUCCAGAUGUUCGUGACUACGUCAACCGUUCAUUUGCCCAGACCAACCUGGCCCCUGGGAUUACAAGAGAACAAAUCGAGGCAAAAUUGAAAGAAGUCAUAACUGAGGCCACACAGAGCGGCAGACUCGACACAAUGAACUGGAAGGAACUUCCACUUCCACACCAGAUGAUCCAGAACGAACGGACUCGUUCUCUACUAGCCCCCAUCCCCCAUACAUCCUACAUUCCUGCUGCACCUAUUCCGGAUCCAUCUGCUUUCACUUAUCAACCUGGUCCGGAUGUCCCUCGUAAACGCAAAUCUAUGGAGCUCGAUACGAAUGUUGAAGUAGCUGGCACUCUACCACCUUGGAGAACCAACGGAGCAUCAUCUGGAUCUUUGGCGGAUCGUGUGUCUUUUGUUUCCACAGAAAAGCGACCAAAGCUCGACAUGAGUACAUCCGUAAGUAAAACGACUGCAAGCUUGGAGUUCCGUAAGCGGCGAUUCGACUUGGCCCGCGCAGGAUCGAAUUCUCCUCACACACAAGAGUCGUCUCGAGGCGCGUCGCCGGAACCAAAGAUGGCUGGGCCGAUUGUUGGGCGCUCACAAAAGCUUGAGAAGAAUUACUUCCGAUUGACCUCCGCACCCAAUCCUGAUGAUGUGCGACCCUUGGAAGUGCUACGCAAUACCCUCGAAUUGCUCAAAAAGAAGUGGCGCAGUGAAGGCAACUAUGUCUACAUCUGCGACCAAUUCAAAUCACUGCGGCAAGAUCUGACAGUGCAACAUAUCAAGAACGAUUUCACUACCAGUGUGUACGAGUAUCAUGCGCGGAUUGCUUUGGAGAAGGGUGACCUGGGUGAGUAUAACCAGUGCCAGACACAGCUAAGGGCAUUGCACAAACAGAAUCUUGGUGGUCAUCCUGUGGAGUUCAAGGCCUAUCGUAUCCUGUAUUUUAUCCACACGUGCAACCAGACUGACAUGAAUGACGUGCUCUCUGAUCUAACCCCAACAGACAAAAAGGAGCCAGCCAUCAAGCACGCGCUCGAGGUACGGUCGGCACUAGCUUUGGGCAAUUAUCACAAAUUCUUCAAGCUGUACCUAACAGUGCCCGACAUGGGAGCAUACCUGAUGGAUAUGUUUGUAGAACGCGAACGGCUCGCAGCACUUGCGUGCUUGUGCAGAUCGUAUAAACCAGACGUUCGAUUACGAUUCGUUACCGAAGAACUCGGCUUCGAAUCCGACGAAGAAGCCUGCCAAUUCAUUCUUGACCAUGCACCCGACGACUCAUCGAACCUGCUAGAGGAACGCGAUGGAGACGUGCGCUUCCUGACUGGCAAAACUGGUUCCAUCUUUCAGCUUGCAAAACAAAGAGCCUUUGGACUAGUCGAUAUCAAAGGGCAGAUAUGA